UUUCUUUGUUUUGUAAGAAACCACACACUAGACAGAAAGAGGUUUUAGCUUCUGUUUUCUCAUUGUCUUACACAGUUUCAUCAGGUCUAGUGGCUGGGCAAGAUAUGAAGCAAGAGUGCACCCCCAGCAGGCCUACUGAGAGAGGCCAGGGGUAGCGUAGUGCAAGGGUCAGCCUAGCUCAGAGCCCUGUGGCAGGAUGGAGGAGCUGUACCUUGGGUGAGGCCAUACGGAUGUCUUCCACAAUAUCCUGAUUGGUCGUGAGCAAAGCGUCUACAAAUUAAAAUUCUUCUGUAAUGUUAUGGAUUCUGGAGUGAAAGACCACAAUCCUGAGAAAGAAAAUUUCUAUAAAGUAUGGCAGAGAAAAAAAUGGCUUUCUAAGAAAAGACUUGAGGAUUAGUCUCACUAAACAAACAGCUGGAGGAGAUGGUGAGCAGGCGUGUUGGAGGCAUGUCCAUCCUUGACUCAGAUGGAAACAAGAUCAUUUCUACUCGCAAGCACUGCCCUUUUACAGAGGAAAAGUGAAGGCAAUGUUGGAAGAAUGGACAAAAACAAUACCUCCGAGAGUUCCCCUUGUGAUCCUAAAGUGGCACAUCAUUUGAUCUCGCUUUACUUCCUAGUGCUCAUUGGCGGACUGGCAGGUGUCAUCUCCAUCCUGUUCUUGCUGGUGAAAAUGAACUCACGUUCAGUGACCACUAUGGCAGUCAUUAACUUGGUGGUGGUACAUGGGCUAUUCCUGCUGACCGUGCCUUUCCGUGUGGCAUACCUCAUCAAGGGGACUUGGACAUUUGGAUUACCUUUCUGCAAGUUUGUGAGUGCCAUGCUGCACAUACACAUGUACCUCACCUUCCUCUUCUAUGUGGUGAUCCUGGUCAUCAGGUACCUCAUCUUCUUCAAGCGCAGAGACAAAGUAGAAUUCUAUAGAAAACUGCACGCAGUUGCUGCCAGUACUGCUAUGUGGCUUUUGGUUAUUGUCAUUGUGGUACCCCUGGUGGUUUCUCAGUAUGGAAAUAAUGAAGAAUACAAUGAACAGCACUGCUUCAGAUUCCAUAAAGAGCUUGUCCGUGAUUAUGUACAAGUUGUCAACUAUAUGAUAGUCAUUAUUGUCAUAACCAUUGCAAUGGUUCUCUUGGGUAUCCAAAUCUUCAUCACACUGUCCAUGGUGCGGAAGCUUCGCCACUCCUUACUCUCCCACCAGGAGUUCUGGGCUCAGUUGAAAAAUCUGUUUUUUAUCGGCAUAAUUUUCAUUUGUUUUCUUCCCUACCAGUUCUUUAGGAUUUAUUACUUGUAUGCAGUGACACAUUCCAAGAGCUGUGAAGACAGAGUUGCAUUUUACAACGAAAUUUUCUUAAGCACAACAGCAAUCAGCUGCUAUGACUUACUGCUCUUUGUCCUUGGAGGAAGCCAUUGGGUUAAGCAAAAGAUUAUUGACCUAUGGAAUUGCCUUUUAUGCCGUUAGCCAAACUACAGUGUUUAUUUCGUUCUGUUGGGAAUGAGAACAAGCAAGGGAGGUAAGAAUGGCUUUGCACUGCUUGAUCAAAACCUUGCCUUGGCCCAGACAAGAAAAAGACUAAGAAGUAUCUAAAUGCUCUCUGUAGUUUGUGAAAGAUGUCCUUGCAAAAAUGAGUUGUGGUAAACGUAUGUGGAAUUGCAAUUGUAUUAUUUUCCAAGAUACAGUGUCUGCUUAGCCAAUCCAGAAAACAUGUGUCUGUUGGAUGCUGGAGUUUUAUGAGGGCAUGGUGACUUCCAUGGGUUUGAAACGUGGUUCCUCUCUCCAGGCUUCCUGCUGCAACUAGAUAAAGAAGAGUUAUUUUCAUCCCACUUCUCGUUCCCAAAGCUAGCCCUGGUCAUCAAACAGCUUCAAAUGGAAACAACUCUGCUUGUUUAACAGACAAGUUGACACAGUUCACACACCACAUAUGUUCUGACAAAACAAUCAGAGAAAUGGAGGAGUAAGAAACUUUUCUGUAUCAUCCUAACUUUGGAGGAAAUGUCUGGACUUCUGCUGUAAUAAGUAUUUCUAACUUUGCCCUUCUAAAGGUUAUGUUAAAGAACAUGGGUAAUGAACUACCAUCAAUCACACUGUCUGAAAAUUCUUCGUAACCUUAUUAAGAUGCCUAAGUAAUGAUGAAAGUCCUGCUCACAGUGAAAUGAACAGUAAUACAUGAUAGUUAACCUUGUUUUCUUUUCUUGUUCUUUGAAAUAAUUUUUAUGCCUUUGGCCACAGUUAAUGCAUUUUUCCCCAUUUGAAGAUAAGACGUUAUACUGUAGUCUUUACAUUCACUCCAGUCUUAAAAUUAUAUAUUUUUAAAUAAAUAAAACCUGUAUUUUUGAGCAAAAAGGACUUUGGGGAAAAAUAUAGAAUAGUCCUUAUUAGAAUAUAUGAAAUUAUGGUGUAUUAAGAGAGCUUUGAGCUUUAGAAAACAUUUGAAAAUGAAUAUAUAAAUAUUCUGGGAAGUAGUACUAUUCUAUCCUUUACAAUAUUAAACCAUUUGGAUAGCUUCGCCAAAUUCUUAGUAGCGUUUUACAAUUUGGUACAUAAUUUGUGACAUAUGGCAUAUUUAACUGCAUUAAACUUUUAUUUGAAGAACAAUUCCUGACUGAGUUCACACAAAGGCUUGUGUUUGUAGUUAAUUGCCUUUGGUUUCGUUUUGCCUUUUCCUCUUAUUCGUGCUCAUGUUUCCCUCAGUCUUAUGAUCUGAGAGUUUUCAGGGCACUGAACCAUGUCCGUAUUAAAGGCUUCGGAAACCUGAACUUAUUAGUGGUCUGAUUAGGACAGGGGAGUCCCAGGGCACUUCUUCCCAGAAGGGACAUCCUGACAUCUACAAGGCUUUUGCUUAGUUGUUGCUGUUCCGUGGAUCCCAACUUCCUCUGAGGGACAAGAAGUGCCCUGUGAGGCUCUGGAUUCAGUGAAAUUACCAAAGCAUAAUAGUUUUUCUUAAAGAAAAAGAUGUAGCAAUCACUGCCAAUGUGGCUGUUUCUAACUUUUCCUCUUGAAAAUUUCAACUCUCCAUUCCCAUUUUCCCUUUAAAAACAUUUCUUCCAUUUAUUACUUUGUUUUCUGUUCUCAUUUAUUUUCUAAGUUUUUUUCCUCACUUUGACUCAUAAAGUUUGGAAAAUCAUUACUUAUACCCAUAAACAUUUUCAGGAAAUUUGUAACAUCCACAAAACGAAUAAGAAAAUAAAGACAGAAUAAAAUAUUUAGAAUAAACUUUACUGGAGAGAGUUCCCUAUGGGCUUUUUUCUUGUGGGCAUUGUAAGUACAGACUGUAUAUCAUACUUUUAUAGACUGGAUUAUAUCUUUCAGACUUUAGAUAUGCUGAUGCAAAGCAGUUAUGCUUUUCCCAAUAUUAUAUUAAGGGGCCCAUCUAUUUCUAUUGGCCGAUAUAUAGAAUUGUUAUCUAGAAUAUAGAAAUGCAACAUUCUGUAAUUUAUAAUUUCUUGUUGAUUGGAUUUCACAGAAUAAAUGAAAUGUUUUCAAGUUGCCUAGUAUUUUGAUUUAGUUGAUAUCAAAAUGGAUGCUACACGUGAAUGGGAAGUGACAUUAGUCUCAAAGGCCACUAGUAGGAUCUGAUGGUAAGAUUGGGAACUAAUUAAACAUUUGACCUUGCAUUAAAAAGAAUCAUCUUGUCUUGCUGUAUAGUUGAAUAAUCUUCCAGAUAUGUAGGAAGUGGCACAUACGUGGGUAAUUGUUGGAACCAAUGGACUUUUUUCAGCUUUCAUAAGCACCUUUUUUUAGUUUAUAUUUUCAAAACAGUCUUUUCUCAUUUUACAUAUCUAUCCACUUUCCUCCUACUCUCCUUACCUUCCCCCUACUCUAACUCAUCCACUUCUCAGAGAGGGUAAGGUUUCCCAUGGGGUGUCAACAAUGUCUGACAUAUUAAUUUGAGGCAGGAACAAGACCCUCCCCACUAUAUUCAGGCUGAGCAAA